AUGGACGAGCCGAUUUACUUCUUCGAUACUACGCCGCUGUAUUCCAUUGGAGAGAACGCUACGAUUUCCCAGAUUGCGAUAGCUCCACACAGAUACUUCCAGGGCGCUGAUCUCGCCUGGAUGAUGAUUUCCAGUGCCCUUGUUCUGCUGAUGGUACCGGGAAUUGCUCUCUUUUAUUCGGGCGUCUCCAAUAGCCAGUUUGCGCUCUCGCAGGCGUGGCUCCCUAUCAUGACUACCGCCGUAGUCGGACUUGAGUGGUAUCUCUGGGGCUACUCGAUUGUUUUCUCAAACGGGCCUUCCUCGCACACUUUCUGGGGCGGCACAGACGGCAUCGCUCUCCACAAUGUACUCCUACGUCCAGUACCUUCAAGUAAAGACCUGCAGACCGAGGGUCCAGUGAUUCCAGAACUAGUGUAUGCCCUCUUCCAGGGCAUGUUCGCAUCCUUUACAGCAUCCUUGGUUAGUGGUGCGGCAAUCUGGAAAGAUCGUCCCGGCCAAUUCCUGGUCUUUAUCAUCCUUUGGACCACCUUUGUCUAUAACCCGAUUGCACGAUGGACGUGGAACCCUGAAGGAUGGUCCAACAAGAGAGGCGUUCUCGACUUCGCUGGUGGUACAGCAGUGCAUAUCUGCGCAGGAGCGACUGUGUUUGCACAUUCGAUGUAUCACCUGGAUCAGCCGGGGAAAGGCGACUCACAUAACGUAGAAAACGUUUUGCUAGGUACUCUCCUGCUCUGGAUCGGAUGGCUUGGCUUCAACGGCGGAUCCGCCCUGGGGGCGAACCUUAGAGCAGUCUCCGCGUGUAUUUCAACCCAUCUCUCCGCCUGCGCCGGUGGUGUGACUCUAUGCCUCCUACGUUCAAUUUCCGGUUAUAUCUGGCCCAGCUCCGACGGCGAACAUGCAAGGAAUGCCCAUGUUUUCAGGUGGUCAAUUCUUGAGUUCUGCAACGGCGCAGUCGUCGGUCUUGUUUGUAUAACACCGGCUGCUGGCUACGUUCCGCAUCAGAUCUCUCCGCUCUUUGGUGUGAUCGGCGCCUUGUUCUGUUCGCAGCUUACGCCUAUCAGUGAAGACCUCGAUGAUACCCAUGGGAUUAUCGUUUUCCAUGGUUUUGGAGGUUUGGUAGGCAUGGUUUUGACAGGCUUCUUCGCGAGGAAGGAUGUUGCCCGUCUUGAUGGCUUCACCAACAUCAUGGGUGGCGGAUGGGAUGGGCACUGGGCACAACUGGGGUGGCAAGUAGCGGAUGCUCUUGCCGGUAUGGCGUGGGCCUUUACUAUUACCAUCAUCAUCCUUCUCGCGCUAGAACCGGUGAUGUACUUCGCGAGGAGUAAGCGAGCUCGCUACUCAACAGUGACUGGAGACAAGCUUACGGAUGAGUGGACCAUGCGGGAGGCAAUAGAAAUGUUGGAUAAUCCCACGAGGCAAGCCAUUUCGCGUUAG